GGGCGGGGAGGGAGCGGGGGCUCGCAGCGGCGGCGCGCGCACCUCCCGGGCGAGCGAGCGCGCAGGCGCAGAGCCCAGUAACUGCCGGUUGGUGGCUGCUGAACCGCAGUGGGGGAGAGACGCUCCGAGGCAAGCGGCGGCGACCCAGGCCCGGCCCCUGCUCCCUCCCGGUUUGGCCCCGGCUCCGGCCCCCGGCUCCCGCCCCGGCCCCGGCUCACCGGCCCCUCCUCGCCCCUCGCAGCCCCGACGGCGAGCCCACAGCAGGCGCCCCUCCCAGCUCGGCGGCAGCAUGUCUGUGGUCGGCAUCGACCUCGGCUUCCUCAACUGCUACAUCGCCGUGGCGCGGAGCGGCGGCAUCGAGACCAUCGCCAACGAGUACAGCGACCGGUGCACCCCGGCUUGUAUAUCUUUAGGAUCCAAAACUCGAACAAUUGGGAAUGCAGCCAAAAGCCAGAUUGUUACAAAUGUAAGAAAUACAUUACAUGGCUUCAAAAAACUUCAUGGCCGGUCCUUUGACGAUCCCAUUGUACAAACUGAAAGGGUCAAGCUUCCCUAUGAGCUUCAGAAAAUGCCAAAUGGAAGUACAGGAGUUAAGGUACGGUACCUAGAAGAAGAAAGGCCUUUUGCAAUCGAGCAGGUCACUGGAAUGCUAUUGGCCAAGCUUAAGGAGACUUCAGAAAAUGCUUUGAAGAAGCCUGUGGCAGAUUGUGUGAUUUCAAUUCCUAGUUUCUUUACUGAUGCUGAGAGAAGGUCCGUGAUGGCAGCUGCCCAAGUCGCCGGCUUAAAUUGUUUAAGACUGAUGAAUGAAACCACUGCAGUUGCACUUGCAUAUGGAAUUUAUAAGCAAGAUCUUCCACCUUUAGAGGAGAAACCAAGAAAUGUUGUAUUUAUCGAUAUGGGGCAUUCUGCCUACCAAGUCUCAGUUUGUGCUUUUAACAAGGGAAAACUUAAGGUCUUGGCUACUACUUUUGAUCCAUAUCUGGGUGGCAGGAACUUUGAUGAUGCUUUAGUAGAUUACUUCUGUGACGAGUUCAAGGCAAAGUAUAAACUGAAUGUGAAAGAUAAUUCUCGAGCCCUGUUGCGCUUAUACCAGGAAUGUGAAAAACUAAAGAAAUUGAUGAGUGCUAAUGCAUCUGACCUUCCAUUGAACAUUGAGUGUUUCAUGAAUGACCUUGAUGUUUCCAGUAAAAUGAACAGGGGUCAGUUUGAACAGCUUUGUGUUUCUCUCUUGGCCAGAGUGGAACCACCGUUAAAAGCUGUAAUGGAACAAGCAAACUUGAGCCGUGAUGAUGUAAAUAGCAUAGAAAUUGUGGGAGGCGCAACCCGAAUCCCUGCGGUGAAGGAGCAGAUCACCAAGUUCUUUUUGAAAGAUAUAAGCACCACAUUAAACGCUGAUGAAGCUGUUGCAAGAGGGUGUGCAUUGCAGUGCGCAAUUCUUUCGCCAGCCUUUAAAGUUCGGGAAUUUUCCAUCACGGAUGUUGUUCCCUAUUCGAUAACAUUAAGGUGGAAGUCAUCUUUUGAGGAUGGAACUGGGGAAUGUGAAGUGUUCUCUAAGAACCAUCCUGCUCCAUUCUCAAAAGUUAUUACCUUUCACAAGAAGGAACCAUUUGAACUUGAAGCAUUUUAUACCCAUCCACAUGAAGUGCCUUAUCCUGAUCCCCGAAUUGGGAACUUCACUAUUCAGAAUGUUUUUCCCCAGUCUGAUGGUGACAGUUCCAAAGUGAAGGUUAAAGUACGUGUUAAUAUCCAUGGUAUCUUCAGUGUGGCUAGUGCAUCGGUAAUUGAGAAGCAAAGUUUGGAAGGGGAUCACAGUGAUAUACCUAUGGAAACAGAGUCAUCAUUUAAGAAUGAAGGCAAAGAUGAGAUGGACAAAAUGCAGGUUGACCAAGAAGAGGGCCAUCAAAAAGGCCAUGCUGAGCAUACCCCAGAAGAGGAAAUUGAUCACACGGGUGCCAAGACAAAGCCAGCACCUUCAGACAAGCAAGAGCGAGUAAGCCAGAACAUUAAAAAAGGAAAAGUCAAGAGCAUUGAUUUGCCUAUCCAGAGUAGCCUGUACAGACAGCUGGGCCAGGAUCUCAUCAACAGUUAUAUAGAAAAUGAGGGGAAGAUGAUCAUGCAGGACAAAUUAGAGAAAGAAAGGAAUGAUGCCAAGAAUGCCGUGGAAGAGUAUGUGUAUGAUUUCAGAGACAAGCUGUGCAAUGUCUACGAAAAAUUCGUCACUGCAGAAGAUUCAAGUAAACUGUCUUCAGUGUUGGAAGAUACGGAAAAUUGGCUUUAUGAAGAUGGAGAAGAUCAACCAAAACAAAUUUAUGUGGAUAAACUUCAUGAAUUAAAGAAAUUUGGCCAGCCUAUUCAAAUUAGGUACAUAGAACAUGAAGAAAGACCAAAAGCUUUAAAUGACUUGGGAAAGAAGAUCCAACUACUUAUGAAAGUGGUAGAAGCAUUUAAGAACAAGGAUGAAAAAUAUGAUCACUUGGAUGCUGCUGACAUGGAAAAGGUGGAGAAAUUUAUCAAUGAAGCCAUGAAUUGGUUGAACAGUAAGAUGAAUGCACAGAACAAAUUAAGCCUCACUCAAGACCCUGUGGUGAAAGUAGCAGAAAUAGUCGCCAAGUCCAAGGAGCUGGAUAAUUUUUGCAACCCCAUCAUUCACAAGGCCAAACCCAAAGUAGAGGUGUCUGAAGACCAAGCGAAAGCGAACGGUGAACACAAUGGACCAAUGAAUGGACAGAGUGGGCCGGAAAGUAAGCCUGACGCAGCCAAGGAAAGCUCCCCGCACACUAAACCUUCUACUGGAGACAUGGAAGUGGACUAAGGCGCUGGGGUCUCGUCGCGUGUUCAGACAGUGCAAGUAACCGCAGGGCCCAUUCUUCUUUGCAUCUGGGACACCCAACAGAUGUUCCGUUGUUCUUAGCCAUUUUUGUCAUUUGUUCUUUGCAGUAGUUUUGAAAAGUGUUUUAUAUUGAGUGCACCUCUGAUGUUCAUUUCCAAUGAUUAAUGCUGCUUAGGUGAAGCUUUAGCUGAAUAGAUUGUAUAAGUCAGUUUAAGCUUUCCCGAUGUAUCUUAUAUCAGACUUGCAGAAUUGAUAGAAAGAUGGCAACAAUCUACCUUAUUUAAAGCUUCUCUUGUGGAUAAACCUCAGCUCCUUUAUUCAGGAAAGGACACUGUAUUGCACUACUGAUGCGGAAGUGUAGAUUUAAUUGCAUCGUUAUUUUUGAAAAAAAAAUUGGAAUUGAAGUGGUUUAAAGCCAUUGAAGCACUGACCUUUUUCUAGUUAUUGUAUUGUUAUAAUUUAAAUAUUAAAAUGAAUAAGAGGUUAGCUGACAAACUAGUCCAUCUCAUUGAUGUAUUCGAGAUUUUCUUGUCAUUGUCACACAGAUGAACAAAAACAUGAAUUUCAAAAAGAAAACACAAUUUUGAGUUGUGGUGACACCAGCAAUAGAUUUCCUUUACCAAAAAGCCCGCUUUGAUUUCCUGCUCGCCAUUUCACCUUUCCUGCGCUAGAGAUGACCUGCUUUGGCUGAAGACAAGCUGCUCCCGCUGCUAAAAUGUUAGCUUAAUGACUUAAGAGAAUUUUCAGAGAAAAUCACUUCCUAGCUAAGAGGAAAAGCAUUGCUCGCUUUAUUCAGGCUUGCUGCUCUGGUCUUGGCAACUUUCUUUAGGUUUAAACAGUACUUAGGUUUUUGAAAAUGUCUAGCGAGUUUCUGUUUCCAAGUGAGGGAGAAGCUGACUCCAUCCUUCACCCACCCAUAAUUAAUGUAAGUUCACACUGUCACACUUCAGAGCACAAAGGGCCCCCCCCCCCAUCUUUGAAAAGUCUUGUGACUUGUGUGUAGUGUAGACUGUCACAUAAUACAAACUGGCAAGGCUAAGCUUUCUUGAUAAUUUGUGCCAUUAUGUGAUCCACUCAAGACUGGGCUCUCCUGUUUGAGGCUUCUAAUUUAAAUGAAUUGUGAAGAGGCCUCUUAAGUUCCCAAUACAGUAUUUCCGUGAACACAUCUGUGCUUUCAACCAUCCGACUGACCCCACAGUGGCCCAGUACUACCCCAAAGCCUAAGCCACCAAUUCAGUGUGAACAUAUGUUAACAUGACCUUAUGUGAUAGGAGCUAGUCUUAGGUAGAUAUGCCUGUGUUUAAAAUUUUAUAUUUGUUCCUAUACCUAUGCAAAUCAGAAGUUCUGAGCACAGCAUCUUUGGAGAUAUUCUGUUGUUUCUCAAAAUUAGUUCUCUAGAAUAGGGAUAUUUUAUUGCUCCAGUUGAGUCUGGGCUAAAAGAAGUGCGUGCAGUAGCCAUGGUAUUUUAUGUGGGCAUUUUUGUCCACACAGACUGAGGUGUUGACAUCUCAGAAUAACUUCAUCUUUCAAACUCUCGUUUUAAUCCUCUUAACGUGAUUUAAGUAUAACUUCUGUAGAACUGUAUUUGAAACAGGAUCACCUGUACUCGCCAUUUGUUUGUUUUGGUUUGAACUGAAGGGUUGUGUGCUGUCCUAUCUUAAGGACUUUGGCUGUUUGAGCGUGGAGAAUUUAGUCUUCAAAAGAUCAUCCAAACUGCCAGGCCAGAGUAGGAGCAUGGGGCUCAACCUGGGGACCAGAUAGCUGCUCUUGGGCUUACGGUGUGUUGUAUGUCCAUGUCUGUGUGCAUACAUGUGCAUGUCCUUAUACAUGUGAAGGGCAAGCUAACACGUAUAUGUGUGUACAUGCAUGCACAUACGUGUAUACACAUGCAUGUAUAGAUAACAAUAUCGUUACCAUCCUAGCCUGUAACCUUUAUAUGGAAGAGUUCUGGAUCUCCGAGUCGAGAUUGAGACAGAGAGGUCACUCUUGUUAGUUAAGAAUGUGUUAAGUUAUAUAUAAAAUCCUUUCUCCUGCCUUUCUGGAGGAUGAUAGAACACUACACCACCAGUUACUAGUACUUUUGUUUUUAACCCAAAAGUAUAUUAUAUGGGCCCUUUUCCUAUAACUUUAUUGGCAGUUAGAGACUAUUUAGUAAGAUAUUUUUGGAUUUCUUUCUUAUUUAAAUUAUCCAUAAUAUAGAGAUAUUUGUAACACAUAGUGAGAUAGGUCCAUAUGUAGUUUAAGACAAAUAAUUCAAGAUGCUUUUUUAUUUCUGUAGUCUGUGCUAGAGAAUACUGUCAAAAUAAAGAUGAAACUACUAUUUAAAGAUAAAAAUUGUGUAGUAAAAAAAAAAAGAUGCACAGCAAAAUUUUCAGUUAAAACUUAAAAAGCAGUCAGUCUGGGAAAUUUAAAAACUAGAAUUAAUGAGAGAACUGUUAUUUAAGUUACUUCAACUUUUAAAAAAAUCCCAACUGGUAGCCAGUUCCCCCUACUGGUUAUUAGGGAGUUGGGAGUGGGAAGAGCAGGGAGCAAAAAUGAAGCAGGAAAAGAUAUGAAAACAAAUCUGAAAUGACCGUGAGUCUGUGCAAUUGCCUGCGUUGAGAAUACCCCCAAUUGGGGGACGUGGGGAAUGGGGCAGUCUGAGCAGCAGUCAGCUUUAAAAAAUCAAAGGAUAAGAUGUUUCUGUAGGGAAGGGCACAAUAAUGAUUUUUCUUUAGUUUGUUUAAAGGAAAACUGUAAGGGCAAUGCGAUGUUGUUUUCUCCACAAAACAGUAUUCUGUAUUAAAAUUCUAAAUUUGUAUGGCCUUUGACAUGAUCCUGAGAAGCUCUGUUAAUUUUCCAUAAAGGAAUACAGAUGUGAUGGCAUUCUAGGUUAAAUUUAACAUAGACGAUUAAGGGGACCACCCCCUGGGGGUACAAUGUUUAUUGAAGGAUCAAACUUCUAGGGGAGAAAAAUGUUCUUUAUUGGAAAACCCCAAGGACCCAGUUAUCAGUACUAUAAAAGUAAGGCACUAAAGCACUCAAGACAGCCUAUUUAAAGACAGUAAGACGUUGUAUAAACUUUUAUUCUUUCCAUGUCUUUUAGACAUGGCCAUCCUUAUUUGUAAGUUUGCUUUUCCCAAUCAAUUUAAAUUAUUUUAAAGGCCUACAUCCUAUUAUCUUAUUAGAAUUUGUUCUGAACGUAUCUUAUUGUUAGGAUUGGUAGUUAACAAAUAGUUGUAUAUUUUUUAUGAUAAACUUAACGUGUUUAUACAUGUUCCCUUGCAUGUAAGGAAUAAAUCCUUACAUAAAACUGAUAACGUUUUAUAAAGUGGAACCAAAUGAAUGUUAAUAGACAGUAAACAAAAAUGAAUUUGUUUUAUGUCCCCUUCUACAUCUGUCUGAAGUUCUUCUACCUUUGGCUUUGCUUGUUUUUCUUGUUGUUUUAUGUAUUUGGAAUUCCUUGUGUACACACAUACAUUCAUGUAGUUAUAGUCAGGGUAUAUACAGUUACAAUUCUGCUCAGUCUACAAAUAUUAAAGCCAUUAUGUUAUAUUGUGGUAGAAUAGAUUUUGAACAUUUUAUGAAAUUAAUAGGAAAAGGUGUAAGCUUCUCAUAUUUUUAGCAGAAACAGUAUGCUAAUAUUUUAUAUUUGAAGUUAUUUGUAGUGUUUAAAAUUCAGUGUUUACGAAAUUUGAUUCUGUGGUGUUUAACUAGAUAGAUGCAUAGGUGUUGGGCUUCUCAAGCCCUUAUACUUUUUAAUCAUUGGACUUUCCAAAAUGUUUUUGUUUCUUAGCUUUGAUGAGUUGAUGUAGUUUAAAUCAGUGAUCACUUUUUAAAGUGAUGUUUAAAACCUUUAAAAGAAUUUCUGUUCUAACACAUUUUGCUUUCUCUCAUUACAGUUUUGUCAUAAUUAUAAUUUAGAAAACUGCUUAUAAAACAAAUGGUAAAUUUCAGAAACCAAAUUAAAUUCUUUUCUGGCCAACAACUGGGUUGAGGAUUCAUUCUGCAAGUUAUUUCUAAUCUAAUCUACAGAAUUAUAACUGUCAUACUAAUAAAUUUCCAAGAAAACUUUUUCACAAAAAAAUAGCUUAGUAAAAUAAAUGGAAAUACUGACUGCUCGUGCCCCUCCCCCAAGUUAACAAGUCCAAAAGAGCUGCCUUAACUAUUUCACUACAAAUUUUCACUUAAAAUAAGUUCAGAUAAAGCUUUUCUCUAGAUACUUAGAAUAGGAAUAAACUUCCUGCCUCUGAAACUGUGGUUUUAUAAUAACCAAAUAUAUUCUUUCUGAAAUGACUUAUUGCUGGCUUCAAAUUAUGGGCACAUCUGAAGGUAUUGUUUGUAGAAAAGCUGCAGCAGGCAACUUGAUGAAGUGUGGUAGGAGGAAGAACAUUUUGCCACCAGUUUGCAAGGAAUCUGUACACAUGUGGGUCAGUAAUGGCAAUUUGUAGACAUUUGACAAGUCUAAAUAUAAAUAGGAUUUCCAGAGUUUGAAAGGAUUUUGACUAAUUUGUCUUAAAAGCCCAAGGAGUAAAAGAUGAAGUUUUCAGUAAACCUUUGAGGACUUAAGGACUUUGGUUAUUUCAACUUCACUAUUAUACCAACUACUCAGAUGGCCGGUCCGGGAAAAAAUAAGAGUAUUUGUACAGGAAAAAAUAAGAGUAUUUGUACAAUAUCUUUUUUCUAUUCUUUCACAAGCCACUUCUUCUUCAAACAGAUCCUAUUAUACCUAAUCCAUGGUAGUUUUGAUUCUCAAACGCAAUUGUACUCUUUAGAAAUGGAAAUACCAUCAAUUUGUUCUAUUAUAUUUAUUCUUUUGCGAUAAAUAGCUUUUUUUAGUCCUUCCAGACUCUAGGAUUUUCAUUUUUAAAGAAUUUUGCUUAUGUUUUUUUAGAAGUCUAUCAGUAUUUUUUUUUUUCGCUUUUAUUCUCUCCAAUUCCCUUUUUUUUUCCAGACACUAAGUAAUGUGCUAAUAUCCAGUUACUCUUCGUGAAUAAUUUACUUAGCCUUAGUAUCACAUUUUUCUUUCUAACUCUUUUUCCAUUCAUCCUUUCCUCAGGUUUCUGCUGUUGCUUUUUGGCUCAUAUUCUCCUUUAUAAAAAUAAUCUUUGUGUCCCGGUGUAUAAUAUUCCUAAAAUGUACUAAGGCAAGUAAUAGACAUACAGGGACUUUUCUUUCACCGUCUGAUCUUUAAAUGCUUUAAAAGUUGCUCUGAUCUGAGAGGAAUAAAUUUUCUUUAUCUAUUAUGUGAAAGAACCAGUAUCCCAGGUUUGGGUUUUUAGGUUUUUUGACUAAAAAAAGUAAAAAUGUAAAAAAAAAAUGUAGAAGUCAAAACUUAAGUAGUCACUUAAAUUACUUUGCAUUUCUUCUGCAUAAAUAUUAUAAAUCCUGAUUGUUUCCCCUAGUCCCUAAGAAAUUACAUUUUUAAAACUUGUUUUUGCUUCUAGAAGGGCUCAUUAGUUAAAUUUUUUUCCUUUCAGAUUCAGGAGCUACUCUACAGCCUAGAGUAGAGAAGGCAGAAAUUUACUAGAAAUAGAGAUGGAUGUAAAUGAACUUGGAAAACAUUUUUUUUUCCAAAUAAUUGACAUUCAUCAUUUUUCCUUGUGACUAGUCACAAGAGGAAAGUCCUUUUUUUUAUAAGCAUCACCAGUUACUCAUUUGGGGGGGGGGGUGUUGUUUACAUUGUUAACUGCAAUUACAAUUGUCCUCUCCUUUUUGGCAGUUUAAUAUCUACUAAUGUGUUUUUUUUUCCCCUGUGGAAAAGGAAGACGUCAGUGUUGCUCUUGGUUCUUUUUCGAAUAUGAGUCAUCCAACAGGGUCAAUAUGGAAAGCAUUUGAUAUGCCUCACCUGAAUUUUGUAAGAAGCAAGAAGACAUCUCAUUUGACAGCCCUUGAAUGAGAGUGGUUUUGUGACCAUGACAACUUGGUAAAGUUCCUGAGGUGCUAUCUAUGUAUUUGGCAGGAAUUGUUGGAGAGCCUGUGUUAACCUUCCCACGUAAAACUGUUUGUGAUAAAACUUGAGUAACCUGAUGCCGAUAGCAGUGUCAAAAUUUGCAAGAUGUUUAUUAUUGUCUGUAACUCACAAGAGUAAGGAUGUACACACUGUUAAGCACUCGUGUAAUUAAUUAUGAUGGAGAGUAACCAGUAUGUGGACCAUUAAUUUUGCCUACCUGACAUGUCAUUUUUCUAUAAUUAACUCUACUAUGAAAGGUAUACACUCAGUCUCUUAUUUCUGACAGAAUCCAGGUACCAGAUUUGUUUGGAAGAUUUUGAUGGUAUAUGCACCCCAUUCCAUAUGAGGCUAUUUAUUUAAUAUUUUGUCAAUAAAUAUACUGGCAAAAUAAAACUUGACUCCAGUGCUUCUAAAAACUAAAAGGAUUAACAUAGAAAUGAAUCUUUAAACUUUGGGUAGUUUUCCUAAUAGGAUAGCAAACUAUUAAACAUCGAUGUGUGUAGUAAAUAGUAUACUCCACCUGCCCAGUCUUAUUUCUUGUCUCUUCUUAGAGUAUUCAUGAUGCAUUUGUGAAUUCUGCUUGUUUUUGUUUUUGUGUAAACUGUAGGAUUAUGGCUGUACUUCAGGAUCGAUUAUCAUAAGCCAAUGAAUUUUGAAAUUUCUAAUAGUGUUUUUAGGUGUUUUCCUUUCUACAUCGAAAACAUACAUAUUCUUUGGGAUUGAGAUAGAGGGAACUCCAGAAUGUACAGAGGUGCUCUCAAUGUUAUAUGUCAACCUUGCUGCUGCUAUUUAUAAUAUUUGAAAAAUAUUUCUCCAUAUUGGUAUUAUCAUCUUGUUAACAAACUGCUGUGCUUACAAUAAAUUGUUGUUUGAAUUAGCGAGGAUACAACCACCAAA